AUGAGCAGCAACAUUAUGUUGGAUUGCCUGAGCAUGGAUGUCAAUCAUGUGGAGCUCAAUUAUGGUAUGCAGAAAGAAUUCACAAAUCACGCAACGAACAAACUCCUCGGUUUUCAAUAUGUUGUCAGGAAGACUUUGCCAUUAUUGCAGUCGACCCCUGAGUUGCUUGAUACUUUAUUAGAUUAUGGAGUUUCAGGUAAGGCAAAGCAUUUUAGGAAGAACAUUCGCACCUAUAAUUCGAUGUUCGCUCUCACAUCAUUUGGGGCUAAGGUCGACAAUGACAUUAAUCGAAAACUAGGUCCAUAUGUGUUUAAGAUUAGUGGACAAAAUUAUCACAGGAUGUAUUCGCUACUGCCAAUGGAUGGGCAUCGUCCAAAAUUUGCUCAGUUGUACAUCUACGAUACUGAAAACGAAAUCGAUAAUAGAAUGCGAGCAUUUAACAGUCGUGAUGAACUUCAGGAUAUUGACAGAAAUAUUGUUCGCCAAUUAAUGGAAGUAUUUGAUUCUCGCAAUGAAGUAGUAAAAGCAUUUAGAAUGGCACGGGACCGUUUCAGAGAGGCUAAUUACUUACCUAUUCGCUUGAGAUUAAUAGGAACCCGUCCUGAAAGUGGCCCACAAUAUAAUCCUCCAAUGUCUUCUGAGAUUGCUGGUCUAAUAAUUGGUGAUUUUGGUACUGCUGAUCGGCAACGAGACAUUAUAGUUGAGCAUAAGAUGGAGGGAUUGAAACGUAUUACUGAUCUACACCCAUCUUUCAUGGCUAUGCAGUACCCUAUUUUGUUUCCAUAUGGUGAUGUUGACGGUAACGUAAUCGGUAAGAAAAUUAUCUUGCCAUCUAGCUUCACAGCUGGCCCUCGAUACAUGAUUCAGAAUUAUCAAGAUGCUAUUGCAAUAUGCAGACAUUGUGGCCAUCCUGAUCUGUUCAUUACAUUUACCUGUAAUACACAAUGGCUCGAGAUACAGAAUGCUUUGCUAUUUAUUCCCGGCCAAAGGCCAGAAAAUCGGCCGGAUAUAGUUAGCAGGGUUUUCAAAAUAAAGGUUGAUGCAUUAAUGGCAGAUAUUAAAAAUGGCACAUAUUUUGGGAUGCCUGCUGCUGAUUUGUAUACGAUAGAAUUUCAGAAAAGAGGCCUCCCACAUGUCCAUAUUUUGGUAUGGCUACAAGGAAAGCAUAGAUCGGUAACUCCUGCAGAUAUUGAUUUGUUUAUUUCUGCUGAAAUCCCUGAUAAAAAUACAUAUACGGAUGAAUAUCAGGCUGUUUCAAAAUUCAUGAUGCAUGGACCAUGUGGAUCAGCAAAUCCUCGAGCACCGUGUAUGGCAAAAGGUUAUUGCUCAAAAUAUUUUUCGAAAGAAUUUAGGCCGCACACAGUAAUGGAUGAGAAUGGAUUUGCUAUUUAUAAAAGAAGAAAUAAUGGAGAAUAUGUUACAAAAAAUGGAGUUGACCUUGAUAAUUGCUAUGUUGUUCCGCAUAACUUGCAGCUGGUUGUUAAAUACCAAGCACAUAUUAAUGUUGAAUGGUGUAAUAAGACAAGACUUAUUAAAUAUUUAUUUAAGUACAUCAAUAAAGGGCCAGAUAGAAUUAGAGCAAUAAUUGAAGAUGAUUCGUCGACUACCAACUCAACAUGCAGGCAGCAGGACAGAGAAGUUGAUGAAAUCAAGAAAUAUUUGGAUUGUAGGUAUUUAUCGGCAUAUGAAGCUGUUUGGAGAUUGUUUCAAUUUGAUAUACACUGCCGAGAUCCUACAGUUGAGCGACUAACCAUCCAUUUGCCGUUAAUGAAUAAUAUAGUGUAUCACGAGAUGCAAACUUUGGAUGAUAUUCUAAGGCGACCUGAUGUUACAAAAACAAUGUUCACUGAAUGGAUGGCAACCAAUCAGGUGUAUGAUGAUGCGCGUGAAUUAACUUACGUCGAAUUCCCAACUAAAUGGGUAUGGCAUUCCGACGACAAAAUUUGGACAAAACGUAAGAAAGGACAUCGAAUAGGAAGGAUAGUUUAUAUCCACCCAAAUUCUGGUGAGCUUUAUUUUUUGAGGAUGCUUUUAAACAAGGUAAAAGGUGCACGAAAUUAUACUGAAAUUAGAACCGUCAAUGGUAUCAUAUAUGAAACAUUUCGUGCUGCAUGCGAUGCUCUUGAAUUACUAGGUGAUGAUUUGGAAUGGCGUCAUCCAUUCGAAGAAGCAGCCUAUUGGUCUUCUGCCUCUGAUUUAAGGCAACUUUUUGUCACUAUUAUUAUGUUUUGUGAGGUUGCUGAUCCUGUUAAAUUGUGGAAUGAUUAUUGGGAAUCAAUGUCUGAUGAUAUAAUAUAUCGGGUUAAAAACCUUUUAGGGAUCAGCAGCCUUAAAAUGCCUGACGCAGAAAUACAAAACUAUGUCUUAUGUGAGUUGGAGUUGUUGCUUAAUAAAAAUAAUAGCUCGCUUGUGCAAUUUAAACUUCCACUCCCCAAUAGGCUACUUAUGGAAGAUUCCAACAAUAGGUUAUUACGAGAAGAACUAGAUUAUGAUUCGAAUGCUUUAAGAGCAGAACAUAUGGAAUUAUUUAAAGGCAUAAAUCGUGACCAAUUAAUAGUGUAUAGUGCUGUUUUAUCCUCUGUUUAUGAAGAAAGAGGCAAUUUGUUCUUCGUUUAUGGCCAUGGGGGAACAGGCAAAACGUAUUUGUGGCGAACAAUAAUUGCAAAACUACGAUCUGAGGGAAGAAUUGUGUUGGCUGUUGCUUCAUCGGGAAUUGCUUCCUUAUUACUUCCUGGAGGGCGAACAGCUCAUUCACGAUUUAAGAUACCUGUUAAGCUUGAUGAGUUCUCAACAUGUGAGAUAAAAAAGAGAACGCAACUUGCAAAAUUGCUUGCUCAUACAAGCUUAAUAAUUUGGGAUGAAGCUCCAAUGAACCACAGAAAUUGUUUUGAAGCUUUGGAUAAAUCGUUGCAAGAUAUUCUACAGACUGCCGAAGAAGUAGCAGAGGAAAAACUCUUUGGGGGAAAGACAGUAUUGCUUGGUGGCGAUUUCAGACAAAUACUUCCUUUUAUUGUUGGAGGAACGAGACAGGAUGUCACAACCCGCGACCACCCGCCUAUUUGGCCGGCAUUUGCCAUUCUUUCUUAA